ACACUGGUACCUCCAUCGGCUCCUCAACCACUGGCGGACAUCGCUCUCACUGGUGCAGUGUUGCCUACUGGGAGCAGCGGACUCGCGUGGGUCGCCUUUACCCAGCCCAUGAGCCCUCGCUCAGCAUCUUCUAUGACCUACCUCAGGGCACUGGCCUCUGCCUCAGCCAGCUCCACGCCAAUGCCUACCACAGGUGCCGCGAUGACCCGGGCAGCCACGGCACCGUGGACCUCCACAGACAUCACAGCCGUGGGGGCGGAGGGAACAGCAGCAGCAGUGUUCAACAGAUUCGCAGUAAAAUUGGUUACGGCAUCGUGCUGAGUCGUGAGCCGGACGGAGUGUGGGUGUACAACCGAAGCCAGAACCCAGUGUUUGUCCACUCGCCCACUCUGGACCCACCUGGAUCUCGUGGGCUGAGUGUGAAGAGGGUGACGUCGGGCUUCUCCCUCAAAGUGUUUGAUUAUGAGUGUUCCAAGUGGAUGACGGAGCAUGGUGUGAAGCCUGACAUUGAGGAGGGGCCCUGGGACCCCCACAGUGUCCAGAUCAGUUUUGCUAAAGGGUGGGGCCCCUGUUACUCCAGACAGUUCAUCACCUCCUGCCCCUGCUGGCUGGAGGUGCUCCUCAACAACCACAGAUAGCACACAGACUCACAGUCUGGACUCAGUAUCCUAACUGUAAUCUACCUAGAUUUAAUAUAAAUUUAUAUAUUAUAUAAAAUAUAUAUUUUACAUGUAAAUACUUGAGUCAUUUUUACAAUGCAAUUAUUUAUGUAUAGUGUAAUGUGUAUAAAAACAUAAAAA